AUGCAGCGGGGCGGUCCCGGCGCCAGGACUACAUCUCCCGUCGUGCCCCGCGGCCGGGGCAGAGCGGGGCGGGGCGGGGGGCGCCGCUCCCCCUUUGUUGGUGGCGGCGGGGCCGAGCGGCGGGGACGGCCCGGGAUGGGCGAGCAGGAGUCCAUCCGCAAGAUCAUCACCACCUUGGCCGUGAAGAAUGAGGAGAUCCAGAACUUCAUCUACUCCCUCAAGCAGAUGAUGCAGAACGUGCAGGACAACUCGACGCGGGCGCAGGAGGACCUGGACGCAGAGUUCCAGUCGCUGUUUGUGCUGCUGGACGAGCUCAAGGAGGAGAUGGUGACCAAGAUCAAGCAGGAGCGCGCCCAGCGCACCUACGAGCUGCAGGCCCAGCUUGCGGCGUGUACCAAGGCCCUGGAGAGCUCGGAGGAGCUGCUGGAAGCCGCCAACCAGACCCUGGGGAUGGCCAAUGACCACGAGUUCCACCAGGCUGCCAAGCAGAUCAAGGAUAGCGUGACGAUGGCGCCCGCCUUCCGCCUCUCGCUCAAGGCCAAGGCCAGCGAUAACAUGAGCCACCUGAUGGUGGAUUUCGCCCAGGAGCGCCGCAUCCUCCAGGCCAUCGCCUUCCUGCCAGUGCCCAGCACCCCCGAGAUCGACCUGGCCGAGUCCCUGGUGGCCGAUAACUGCGUGACGCUGAGCUGGAGGAUGCCCGAGGAGGACACCAAGAUCGACCACUACGUGCUGGAGUACCGCAGGACCAACUUCGAGGGGCCGCCCCGCGCCAAGGAGGACCAGCCCUGGAUGGUGGUCGAGGGCAUCAGAAGCACUGAGUACACCCUCCCCAGGAUGAAGUUCGACAUGAGGUACAUGAACUUCCGCGUGCGGGCCUGCAACAAGGCGGUGGCGGGGGAGUUCUCGGAGCCGGUCACCUUGGAGACAAGAGCGUUCACGUUCCGGCUGGACGCCAGCACCUGCCACCAGAACCUGCGCGUGGAGGAGCUCAGCGUCGAGUGGGACGCGACGGGGGGGAAGCUGCAGGACGUGAAAGCGCGCGACAAGGACGGCAAGGGCAGGACGGCUUCACCGGCCAAUUCCCCCGCCAGGGCCGUGCAGUCACCCAAGAGGACGUCCCUGGGACGCGGGGGCCGGGAUCGCUUCACCGCCGAGUCCUACACGGUCCUGGGGGACACCCUGAUCGACGCUGACGACCACUACUGGGAGGUGCAGUUCGACCGGGACAGCAAAGCCUUCGGGGUGGGGGUCGCCUACCGCAGCCUGGGCAAGUUCGACCAACUGGGCAAGACCUCGGCCUCGUGGUGCCUGCACCUCAACAACUGGCUCCAGGUCAGCUUCAGCGCCAAGCACGCCAACAAGGCCAAGGUGCUGGACGUGCCCGUGCCCGACUGCAUCGGCGUCCACUGCAACUUCCCCGAAGGGAUCCUGUCCUUCUACAACGCCCGCACCAAGCAGCUGCUCCACACGUUCCGGACCAAGUUCACGCAGCCGGUGCUGCCCGCCUUCACGGUCUGGUGCGGCAGCUUCCAGGUGAGCUCGGGGCUGCAGGUGCCCAGCGCCGUGCGGUGCCUGCAGAAGCGCAGCAGCACCGCCAGCAGCUCCAACGCCAGCCUGCCCUAGAGC